AUGGAUACUUUUGAUAAGCAUCUUGCUUUCGACUUUCGUGCCAUUCAAGGGAAAGAACUUGGAAUUGCGCCAGUCUUUUCAAAGGCAGUGCGUCCCGGCCGCGAACAAAAAUCUUCUCACUCGCCAAGCAAUUUUGCUCGUACAUCAAAAGCUGUUACAGGCGCGCCGAAGACUCUUUGCCUUCCCCGUCUCCUCGCCAUCGCUGAUCUCAACUCUGCAUUUCUUGUGCGGCACGAACGCCCACGGGACACCUACCAAGAAAUCUUUCACACGGAUCUUGCCGGCGAAGUCAUCUUUGCUAGCCGACGCACACACCGGUCCCGCAUUGUGGCCAUUCGAAAAGGCCCCCAGGUUCGCCUUGAUGAAAAGGAGCUGAGCGCUAUUUUAUCUCAGGUUAUCAGUGGGAUGCGCUAUUUGCACUCAUUUGGACUCACUCACCAAUCGCUUGGUUGCGGGGAUUUUCUGCUUGGACUGGACGGGGCCGUCAAGAUCGCACGCUUAGAGCUCUGUGUAGACUGCACGCCAGAUCAGGCUGAGCAGGCGUACCUGUCAAUGAUUCCAUCACUAGCCUUGCAGCUCAUGCAGAAAUAUCAGGAGAGCGAAGAGACUCGCAUCGCACAUUGGCCGAUCAGGUGUGCUGCAAGCCAAUUCCUGGCUGUUGCCAAGUCAGCAAAGUCAAUCCCGGCACUUCAGAAGGAUGACUUUAUCGCCAACAACGCUCAUGAUGGGAAAGAGCUCGCUAGUCUUGUUAGGAAACUCCUCUGCUCUCGAUAG